AAGAGCCCCGCGCGCGGUGUGAGCAGCCCUUGUCCAGCACCGGGUACGGAUCCCUUCCCUGCAGGUUUCGACGUGUCUUUCCUCUCCGUCGCCAGUGCCCACUUUAUAGCCUCGCUCGCAUCGCAGCGACCCCACCUCUCGUUACCAACCGCCCCUCGCUGCCACCAAUGGCCUUUACGUUCGUUUCCGCCCUCGCCGCGCUCGCCGUAGCUGCCGUCGCCAACGCAGAGUCCCACACCAUCUCCUUUGACAACAAGUGUGGCAAGGGAACUCCUCAACUGAUCCAAGGAGGAAAGGUCAUCUCGACCGGACAGCCCUACACCUCCAAUGGCCCCUUCAGCGCUGGCAUUGCCUACUUGCAAACAGGCGAGUGCCUCUUCAACGGCGAGAACUGCGCCCUCCUCGAGAUGACCCUCGGCAACCCGACGUGCCCCGGAUGCGGAUCCAGCACCGACAUCUCCCUCAUCCCCCCCCACGCCCUCAACGUCCCCGUCGCCUUCUCCUACCAGGGCGGCUGCGACGGCCAGGGCGCGACCUGCACCACCGCCAACUGCAACACCGCCUUCUUCGUCCCCGACGACACCCAGGUCCAGGUCGCCUGCCAGACCGACAACGUCAACCUCCUCAUCACCUUCUGCCCCGACGGCGACUCGCCCGCCCCCUCUUCCUCCGCUGCGCCCGCGCCCGCGCCCUCGUCCAGUAAGCCCGCGCAGUCCUCCGCGUCGGAAGCUGCCCCGAGCUCGAGCAGCGUUCCCAGCCCGAGCUCGUCCGCAGUGCAGGCUUCGCCCGCCAGCUCCCAAGCAGCAGCAGCGCCGACUGUGGUAGCCGCCGCGCCCGCGCCCUCCGCGUCGUCUUCAGCGACCGUCCCCAACCGCGGGACGUGCAAGAACAAGACCCGCCGCUCCGCGAGCCGCAUGGCGCGCGAGCACCGUCGGCGCCUCACCGGGCUCAGCCACUAGUCCCGUGGCUUAGGCGUUCUCCCUAGAGCUCCAUGUUAGAUACGGAUUGGAUUCCUCGAUUCCUGCCUGCCCGGAUUGCCUCGUCACCACUAUCGCUAUCUCUAACUUAACACUUCUCCACUGGCGCUCCCCUGGCCGGCGGGCGCCAGCCCUCCCUCCCUAUGCUGGUUCCCCCCGGCGGCGGCGCUGCCGGUCGUCCAUAGGCGUAUUGUUGCUCUCGAUUCAGGUUGUAGCGCUGGAUACAUCGGUGUAUGUACUCGCUAGUUGUUGUCAAUUAUGGUUAUGGAUUGGAACUUGAUGAUUCUGUAACAUGACUGGUUAUAUGCGUGGCGGCAGUAAGUAUUAUACAAGUACAGGCGGCACUCGUGUCCUGUGAGCUGAGAACUCUCUAGUCGUGCACCUGGAGCGGGGCCUCCGAGUCGUCCUCGUCCUCCGUCAGAUCACUCUCCUCGCCUGCCUUGUCGCCAGGCUUCUCCUCCUCCCCCUCUCCCAUCCCUUGCUUCUCAACUCCCUGCUUCUCCACUCCCUCCUUACCCACCCCCUCCCCCUUCUCCGCAUCCCCACUCGGAGGCUUAUCCGUAUCCUUAUCCCC